AUGCACGGUAAAACAGCACUGAUUUCGGGUUCUUCGAGGGGUAUCGGAGCCGGUAUUGCUACGGAGCUAUCGGCUCGGGGCGCAAACAUCGUUCUCAACUAUCCUUCGGCAUCGCUGAAAGAAGAAUGCGAGAACGUCGGAUCGAAACUCAACACUGAAUGGAUCGCGGUUCUCGCGGAUAUUGCGUCGGACGAUGGACCUGCCGAACUUGUCCGCCAAGCUGUUGAGAGAUUCGGGCACAUCGAUAUUCUUAUCAGCAACGCGGGCUUGGUUCCUAUUGCGUACCUCUGGGACUCCCAGUUGAGUGCAUGGGAUCAAGCAAUGAACCUGAACGCCCGCGGGGCUUUUGCUCUGGUCCAAGCAGUUCUGCCACAUCUUACGCCGUAUCAUCCUUCGGAACCUCCAAAUAUGUCAGGGACGAUUGGUGGCUCUAGGAUCAUUAUGGUGGGGUCGGUCGCAUCUCGAGUGCCAAAGCCUACGCAGGGUAUCUAUGCAGCUACGAAAGGCGCUCUCGAUGCCAUUCUGCGGGUUUGGGCGCAGGAGCUGCCGCCCAAGUAUGGCUGUACAGUCAACAUGGUGGCGCCCGGUCCGGUACUUACGGAAAGCUUUCUGGACCAUUUCACUCCUGACGAAUGGGAGACAACAAAAGAAGCUCUUAUUCGGCAGACACCGGUGGAGGGUGGUGCAGCAUCUGUCGAAGAUGUAGCAUGGGCGGUGGCGUUUCUGGCCGAAGAACGCUCCAGGUAUAUAAAUGGCGAAUACAUGUUUGUGAAUGGUGGUGUUUCCAUGAAAUAG